CCAAAGCACCACAAUUCUACUCCAGUCUGCUGUGUUUGUUUCUUGAGCUUUCUUGUUGGUUGUAUUCGCAAUUCGCCUUCCUAUCAUUGAAGGUUUGCUGGAUAGCCUUCUUUUCAUUGCCAUCACUUCCGCUGGAAUAGAGAAGCAAAUAAUAGUUUUGUUGCGAAACCUCUCUUUGAUUUGUAUUUGUUGUUGAGUGUGCAGUGAUUGCCAGAUCGCAAGAGUCUCGUUGGAAAGGCCUUUGAAAACUACUAGAGAUUAUUCCGGCAAAGGUACCAUCCAUCCAUCCACCCUCAGGUAUACACCAACAAGAAUGAAUAUGAAUUUUGAUGACAACCGGGCUCCAGGGAAUGCUGCCUUCAGCAGCAACAGGCUCACCAAUGGUCCUCCAGCAAAGCACGACAUUGAUGUCCUGGGCAGGCUCCCGGACAACGAAAAAGUGGAAUCUAGCGUAUUUGGAGACGUCUUUGGAGACAUGUCUGUAGGCCCAACGGACGUACUCUGUGGACGAAGCAAGCAAUCCUUUAAUCAUGUUGGAAACAGGCGCUUUCGUGACCUUGUAGCAUCAGCCGUGGAUAUAUACAACAAUGCAAGUACGAGACUUGACAAGGCUGCUGUCGUCAAUUCGGUGGUUGAAGAGGUUCAUCAGUCUGGGGGCCGCUUCCUUCGACACGGCGACGAAAAGGGGACGUGGCGAGUCUUGGGAUACUCUCAGUGCCGAGAGAAGGUUGGUCACGCCAUUCGAGAUUGCACCUCUAGCAUUGAAGCCCGGAAGAAAAGAAAACUUCACCAAGAAGUAGCUCGGAGAAAGGUUACGAGUGCCAUCAUUGCCAAGAGCAAACACCUGUUACCGAACCCAACUAGCAAGAGUGGCAAGCUCGGAAAAAUGGACUGCUUCGACGAAACUAAUAGCAACCCCCUCAAGUAUAGCAUUGCCAGCAUUGCCAAGCAGUUUGCCGACGGCAGCAGCGGCUGCAGCAGCAGCUAUUUGGAGGUAGAGAAAGACAAAUCACUCGCGCUGCCUCUCGAUGGCCCCAUCGCAGAGCAAUCACUAAGUAUGGACCGGAUGAACCAAGAUCUGAUUUCAUCCGAGCCUUUCAAGCGGAGCGAACCGUUGGAUUCUGCACUCACUUGGACAAGCAACAUUCCUGGGCUUGACAUGGUACCGGUAGCGUCACCUGGCGGAGAUGGCCCUGCUAAAGUGACAGUGGAUCACGAUGAUCAAGACUUUUUAGCUUUGAUUGAUGAGGUCCUAGGACCGUUGCAUCAAAAUGUUGGAGAAGCCAACCACAUUCUUCAAAGUUACAACGACGAAAACACAAACAUCAAGGUUCUAGGAGUUUGACGUUGAAGAGGGAGGGUGCCUUUUCAUAUUUAUGUCAUGUUGGUUGAGUUUCUUGAGUGGGGCGUUGCUGAAAAGUUGUGACUACUCGAUGGCAUGAAGCUCCUGGGCUGAAGAGGAGCUGUGACAAAGGAAGUCUUUGUACGACGGUUUUGACAUUGCAAUGUUCCACGAUGAGACCUUCACAAGAGGCAGGGUGGUGUCUUGCGGCAGUCUUUCGAUCAACUAGCUAUACCGGUAUAAGGGUUGAUGGGGCUGAUAAGCUUGCAUUUAUUUUUGU